AUGAGCGAUUUCGCAUACAAAAAUUCAAAAAUUCAAGAUAUUUUAGAAAUAUACGAUAAAUCAUCAAUAUUACAUUCUAUAUUCCAAGAUAAUGCGCAAAAAUUAGCAAAAUUUGCAAACGCAACUAAUUUUGAUGUCGAUACAAGCAUAGAAGGAAAUAAUUUGAUAGAUCAUUGCGCUUUUUAUGGAUCUGUUGAAUGUUUUCGCUUUCUUGUAUGCAACCAAGCCAAAGUUACAAUGAAAACACUAGAAAAUGCAUGUCUUGGUGGUGAUAACGAAAUAAUUCAAUUUUGCGAACAAAAAUUUUUACCAAAUAUGAGGUGUAUCAACAAUUCUGUUGUAGCACAUCACAAUGAUAUUGCUAAUUAUCUCCAAAGCAAGUACGAUUUAGAGUAUUCAUGGUCAAAAUGUACAUUUUCGUAUAACAUCGAAAUGUUUUUAGCAAAACUAUGUUCAAUCAAAGAAAUAAACAGUCCGGAUAACGGAGGAUUCAUAGCUUUCCCAUCUGCAGCACGUUUCUGUAUUCCUUCUUUAAUAAAUUUGUUAAUUAGCAAAGGAGCAAAUAUUAAAUCGAGAGAUUUCAAUAAAUUGACAGCUUUAGAUCACUGUUGUAUAUUAGAUAGCCUAGAUAUAUGUAAAUUACUAAUAGAUAAUAAAAUGGAUGUAGAAGAUACCUCAAUUUAUAAAAUUACUCCUUUAACUUAUUGUUCUGCCAAUGAUUCAUAUGAAGUUGCGAAAUUUCUUAUUGAACAAUGUCAUGCGAAUGUAAAUGCAAGGGAUGUAAUAGGUUCUACGCCUUUAAUUUACGCAUCAGAAGGAAAUUCGGUAAAAGUUGCUCAGUUACUUAUAGAAAAUGGAGCUUCGGUUGAUGAUGAAGAUGAGUUCUCAAAGACUCCGUUGAUGGCAUGCGCUCAAUAUGAUUCUGUCGAUGUUGCAAAAAUUUUGAUUGAAAAAGGAGCUUUUAUCGAGAAAACUGAUAAAUUUAACCAAACAGUACUGAUGAAAUGCGCUAUGAGCGAUGCUUGCAAGCUAACAAAGCUACUUAUUGAGAAAAGAGCAAAUAUUGAAGCUGUUGACGUCAAUAAAUACGAUGCUUUGAUGAUAAGCGUAGAUUGUGAUUCAAAAAACGUUGAGAAACUCCUGAGAGAAUACAAGAAGGACUAUAAAAUCAAAGUUUUAUAA